UUCGGGGCCUGGGGUUUUGGACUGCACAACCCCCAACGACCCCCCCGUCGAUUCUGCCGCUUGCCUUGCGCAACUAGCCUUGUACAAGGAGGAACGCAUUCCUCUCGCGAACCCUGACCCGACUCGCCUCUCCUCUUUCUUCCCUCUCUCACCAUGGCCAGCUCCCCGCCGGCCUCUCCUGGGAAUCAGUUACCCCAAAGACCGAUGAGCGCAAUGGUGCGACCGACACCACGAAGCAAUAGUCGCUUGAGCAUGACGAGCAAACAUGGCGGUGGAAGUAAAGCCUCUGACGAGGAUUCCCGGACCGCUGUCAAAGUCGCCGUGCGCGUUCGACCACCUCUCAACCCGAACGACCCUGGCUACGAAUUGAUUCCUCAACGGUUCCAGCGAUCCAUGGUACAGGUCACCUCGAACACGAGCUUAGCAAUCGACUCGCCGCAAGGAAAAAAGCUGUUUGUCUUCGACCGCGUCUUCGGCUCCGACGUUGACCAGGAGGGUGUCUGGGAGUAUCUGAACGAUUGCGUCACCGCAUUCAUCCAGGGUUAUAAUGUCUCGCUUUUGGCGUACGGACAGUCAGGAGCUGGAAAGUCGUACACAAUGGGCACGUCGGGCCCUAGCGAACAGGGCGAUGUCGAAAUGAUGGGCGUCAUCCCGAGGGCGGCGACGGCUUUGUUCGAAAAGCUUGACGGCGCGAAGAAACAAGCGAAUCGUGGCUCCAUGUCUCAACUAAGAUCACCACAGCGGUAUUCCGGGCAAGGGUCCAGCUCGUCGGCCGACAAGAACUGGUCCUUGAAAGCGACCUACCUCGAAAUCUACAACGAGCAGCUGCGCGAUCUCUUGGUCCCGGACCACGUUCCACAGCAUGAGCGUGGCGCCGUAACCAUCCGUGAGGAUGUAAAAGGCAACAUCAUCCUGACCGGUUUGCGACAGGUCGAAAUUAAUUCAGUGGAAGACCUGAUGAAUGCUUUGGAAUUCGGCUCGACCCUCCGACAGACAGACGCGACGGCCAUCAACGCCAGGUCUUCCCGGUCACAUGCCGUAUUCAGUCUCAACUUGGUGCAGCGGAAGAGUGGACUGCAGGGUCCCAACGGAUCCGAUAAGCGCUUCUCUGUGCCCAUCGAAGCUAUGACGGGAUCCGAGACCUGGGUGACCACAGAUAGUAAGCUCCAUUUCGUCGAUCUGGCAGGCAGCGAGCGGCUCAAAAACACGGGCGCACAAGGCGAGCGUGCCAAGGAAGGUAUUUCCAUCAACGCCGGCUUGGCCGCGCUCGGAAAGGUCAUCUCGCAACUGUCUUCCCGGCAAGCUGGGUCUCACGUCUCGUACCGUGACUCCAAGCUGACUCGCCUGCUGCAAGACUCGCUGGGCGGGAAUGCCAUCACUUACAUGAUUGCAUGCGUGACGCCAGCCGAGUUCCAUCUGAGCGAAACGCUAAACACCGUCCAAUAUGCGCAGAGGGCCCGAGCCAUCCAGAGCAAGCCGCGGAUCCAGCAGGUGGAGGAGGGUGACAAGCAGGCCAUCAUCGAUCGUCUGAAGGCCGAGGUUGCCUUUCUGCGGGAACAAGUGCGCAGCGCGGAACGAGGAGGGGGUGAACGGCGCAUCGCCUCCACUGGCGAGCGCUCCGAGCGGCAGAACGAGCGGGAGAACGAACUGCAAAACCAGCUGCUGGACGCACAGGAAAACUACACCACCCUGAGCCAGCGUCACGCGAAGCUUAUUGCCGAAAUGGCCAAGGCCCGCGACAACGAGGCUGCAGAGAACGACCACCACGAAGAGUCGAUGGGAGACACGGCAACCGAACGACUGAACCGUUCCAACUCGUUCGCUGCCGCCGUCGAACAGGUCGUACUCGAGUACGAAAAGACAAUCCAGACGUUGGAGCAAUCGCUGUCCAGCACCCGCGGAACGCUCGCCAACACCGAAGCCAGCCUGCUGGAGAAGGAGACCAAGUGCACCUACAUUGAGACCAUCAACAAUCAGCUACAGGCGCGGUUGCAGAAGCUCAUCGACCGUGAGGCGAGCACCGAAAACUACCUCCACGACCUGGAGAACAAGCUCGACGGCCACACGUCCGGAGAGGAGAAGAACGCUACCAUCAUCAUGGAGCUGCGCAAGGAGAUAUCCCGGGUCAGAGAGAACGAGGCCUCCUGCGAAGACUACAUUUCGACGUUGGAAGAACGACUGGCCGAAGCAGACCAGGAUGCGGAGCUGAUGCAGCGCGAGAUUGACCGACUAGAGCAGGUGAUCGAGCGUCAGCGCAGCCUCGGAAAGUUGGACUCUCUCCUCCACGAACUGGACCACAUUCAGGGAGACGGCAAAGUGCCCGAGCCCACUGUAGAGACUUUGAACGGAGUUACGCGGUCCAAUGCCGACCAUUCUCGAAGCCAGUCACAGUCGCGGAUCGGUCGUCUGAGCCAAAACGAUGUCAUCCCGGAGAACGUGGAAGAGGAAGCGGCGGCGACAGCCGAGGCUGCCCAAUCUGCACAGGCCGGCAAGCGAGGCGGGAGUGAUACUGACGUCGAGACGUCCGAUCCCAAGCAGCAGAACCUUCAAGCCGACAAGAACGAGUACCCGCCACAGAGCCCUGCUCAAUCGAAGUUCGUCCACGACAAGCUGGAGAAUGUCACGCAGGAGCUUAUCGACUUGCGUGUCGAGCACGAGACGACCGUCAACGAAUACGAUCUGCUGCACUCCAAGUACGAGGAGGCCCUGCGCACCUUGGCAGAACUCCAGGACACCAUCGACGAGUCCCGCCAUCCGGAGCGCAAGGUGCGAGACUCCAUGAUGUCCGUCACGUCCCCGAACCAGACCAGGCCUCCUUCUUUCUUCUCCGAUGCCAGGUCUAGCGACUUGAAGGACGGCGGCCAAUUCUCGUCUCGCUCUCUUUCUUCCGAGUUGUCCUCUGCGCUGGAGUCGCCCGCGACGGCUGACCCAUCCGACGCCGAGACGGCGGCCACUGCGAAGCCCCAGUCCGACCCCGAGCUCGCGUCCGCCGAGGACCUUGCGCACCAGGAUCUCCUGGACACCGAAGUCGAGAGGUUCAGGGCCCUCGCCGCCGAGAAAGAAGAGGCAGAAAGGGAGCUCGCCGAGAGAUACACCCAACUCGAACAGAAGCACCAUGAGGCCCUGGACAUGCUUGAGGAGCUCAAGACGGAGGUUGCGCAGGCCAAGGCUAUGGAGGCAUCUUCGCCAAGGGCUAACCAGCCUGUUAUCCGCCGCAAAUCCAGCCAAAAUGUCAUGAUCAUCGACCGCGCCCAUCGAUCUUUCGCCUCGCUCCGUAACAUUGCAGCGGAAAAUUUCGAAGAGCAGCCCGAUGUCAUGCAGAACUUUGAGUUGAACCUGAACGCCGCCAUGCACGAAUUGCACGCUCGGUCGGAGCGGAUCCAGGAGCUUGAGGCCGAUAUCGCCUCGGCCAAGAAAGAGAUGGAAACCAAGAUGACCAUCAUUUCUGGUUUGACGCGUGAGCGAUCCAGUCUACAGGCCUCGCCAAUGGACAUGUCCAUGGUCUCCAACCUGAAGAACCAGCUCGAGGCGAACGAGAAACAGAUGGCGGAGAUGAGAGAAACGCACGAGGUUACCGAGAAAAAGCUUCUGGCUGAGCUCGAGAGCCUGCGCGCCUCCGUCAGAGAGGCACCCGCGGAACCCAUCGCCGCCCGCUCUGGACCCGAGGCCACGCCAGAGGCUGCCACCACUAGCGAGACUCUCGUCGCAACCGCCGUGGCUGGUGCUGUUGCAGACAUCCCAGCGGCAUCUACCGAGGCCGUUGACGCCGAACCCAAGGCUUUGCAGGCGACUGCAGAGAACGACAAGAAGAUCACGGAGCUUCAAGCCGAACUCACCACUUGGGAAGCGAAGCACCAGACCGCCCUCGACACGUUGCAAGAGACGGAGACGAAGAUGAAGGAGACCAUCGAGGAGCUCGAAUCCGAGAUUGUUUUGUUGAACACCAAAGCGACUGAGCAGUCUUCUGCACGCAGUGUCGAAGAAGUCAAGGACAUUGAGGAGAAGCACGAGACGCUCGUUAAGUCUCUCCGUGACGAGAUUGACCAGUACAAGCUGGCUAUCGACACCAAUGCUAGCAAGGUGUCAGAUCUGGAAGCUGCCCACGCCGCUACCAAGACGGAACUGGAAGAGGCCAUCAGGGCUCGCGACCUGCACGAGACCCAAGCGAAGACGCAGCAGAGCCUGAUCGCCAACCUCGAGAACCAGAUUACGGCUCAUGAACAGGCUCUCAAGACGCACCAAGACGGCAUGAAGCUGCUCCAGGAGAAUCACGCCAGGGAACUGGAGGAGAUGAAGCGGGCGGAGCAGAAGGGGUACGAGGAGCAAGUCGCCGUCCUCCUCAACGAGCAUGCGGAGAACGUCAGGGCGCUCGAGUGCGAGCUCAACGAUGCCCGGGAAGACCUUAUGAAGGUUGCCACCCAGGUAGCGUUCGCCCUCGGCCUGGACGUCAGCAUCGAAAAGAUCACUGAGCGCAUUGACGAUCUCAUUGCCGACCAAAAGGUGCUUGGUGGAGAGCAAAAGAAGUCGAACGAGGCCGAGAAGCAUGUUGCCGAGUUGUUGGCCAUCAACGACAACCUUGUCAAGGAGCUCGAGCAAGCCAAGUCGACGCUGACGGAUCUUCUGACGGUCGAAGGCGAAGCCGCGAAGAGCCCGGCCGCUCUGUCCGACCAGCUGUCUACUGUUCGUAAGAAGAUCUCAGACCUGGAGAGCCGGAACGAGAAGAACUCCCGUCUCGUAGAGGAGCUGGAAGAUCAACUACAAAGCAACUUUGACCAGGUCCAGAUGACCAACAACCGUCUCUCAACAUUGCAGACGGAGCGCAACUCGCAGCUUGAGGAGGCCCAAGCUGGCAAGUUCAAGGCCGAAAGCGAGCUCGAAUCGCUCAAGGCGGAAUACGCCGCUCUUCAGGCCAAGAUGGACGAGGCUUCUGGUCAAGUUCAACGGUCCAACUCGAUCAGCGAGCCGCUUCGCAAGAGUACUUCGGUGUCAUCCCUCCCCUCGCCGCCGCCUGCCAUCCCUCUGCCCCCUCUGCCGGGAGCCGGAAACACCCCCUCGGGUCCCAACGGGACUGUGCCGAGCACACCCACCCAAGGCGGACGGCCUGGCAGCAAAGACAACAUGAGUUCGACGAACCAAAUCCAAGAAGACCAAGAGGCCCGUAUCCGCACCAUCGAGAAACACCUUCAGGCCGAGAAGCAGCUCACGCAAACGCUCGAAGAGGCUCUCACGGACCUCGAGCGUCAGUCCAACAAGGUCAAGGCCGACAGCGAUGCCUGGCGCAAGCGCUGCACGGAGUUGGAAGCCGAGAUCAAGGAGCUCAAGGACCGCCCUGCCCCCACGCCACAGCCGGACAACCGAUGGAGCCUGCACGCUGUCGAAGAGGAGCGCAAGAAGCGCCAGGCUGCCGAAGCGCAACAACGUCUCCUGGAGGAGCGCAUGAACGCUCUGUCCAAGAAGAAGAAGAAGGGCUCCCUCAACUGUUUCUAGUCGAGGCUAUGUUUCUGGAGCUUCACAUCUCGGAAGGACGACACCUGAUCGGGGUCGUCUGUCUCAUGAGGUUUGACAUCCUGCGGACCGUUUCUCUUCAUAAUGAGAAGGGGUUUUUGUCUGUUCCUCCAUCUUUUGAUUUUCCCUCUCUUGCAUCUUCGUUUGCUUCUUUGGCGUUUACCACCACCUACUUACCUUACCCUUAACUCCUUUCGCAAUCUUGUAUUGUUGCGUUUGCGACAUGUUUAUGCUGCCGAAAAUGAUUCCCCUUACGCAUGGCGAAACCCAGAAGAUGGGCAGGAGUUUCUCACACUGGUGGCUCACGCGCGCGUCGUUCUGCUGGCGGGGUUUUGACAUUGAAUCUUUUUCUUUCUCUUAAUACCAAUAAGCGACUUUGCUCCUGCAAGAUGCCCCUGGUUCGCCCUUCUCGUUGGGUUUGUCUUCUUUUUUCUUUCUUUUUUUUUUAUCAUCAUAAUUAUUUCCUAUACACAAGACGUUCUACGAAUAGCAAGGCCGACGUCGUGCGUUUAUGAAUGGCACGAGGGAAGGGAUGGCGGGAGGAAUCAAUGGUAGUUGGAUUGGCCGGGUGGGAGUUCCUUGAGCGCCUACGUCGAGGUGUGCGCGCCUCUUGGGAGGGUGACAGGGGACGAAGAGACACCAGCCUACAUUGGUUAAUGCUACUGACGCGCCCAUUGAAUGUGGCUAGUUGAAUA